AUGUGGGGCAGGCCCAAUAUCUCAUAUGGUUUUGUAGUUGCUGUAACAACAAUAGAUAAUAUAGGAUUUGUAGUAUAUCCUGUUAAAUACAAAGCUAUUGUUUUUAGACCAUUCAAAGGAGAAGUAUUGGAUGCUAUUGUGACUCAAGUGAAUAAGGUUGGAAUGUUUGCUGAAAUAGGACCUCUCUCAUGUUUUAUAUCUCAUCAUUCGAUACCAGCAGACAUGCAAUUUUGUCCAAAUAUAAAUCCUCCAUGUUAUAAAUCCAAAGAAGAGGAUGUUAUCAUUCAACCAGAUGAUGAAAUAAGAUUGAAAAUUGUUGGUACAAGAGUUGAUGCCACUGGAAUUUUUGCUAUUGGGACACUGAUGGAUGAUUAUUUAGGUCUUAUAUGUAACUAAAUAAA